GUUACAAACGAAAUUUGAUAUCGUUUGUUUUUAUAGUAACCUUCAGAAAUAAAAUAAUUCUAAAUAUAAACGCGUGUUUUGUUGUUUUUUUCAAACCGCAAAAACAUAAUCACAGUUCUAUAGAGAUUCAAGAAAUCAACGAAUAUUUUCUUAAUUACAAAGAGGUAUUGUUUAUUUUCUUAAAUAGAAUGGUUCCAAAAUUGACAUACUUUAAUGGAAAGUGGAUGGCCGAGUUAACACGUCUCCUCUUCAGCUACGGUGAUGUGGAGUUUGAAGAUAUUCGUGUAAUACACAAUAGUAGCGAAUGGGAAAGUUUAAAACCUAAAACCCCAUUUGGUCAAUUACCACUUUUAGAAGAAAAUGGAAAAGUUGUGUGUCAAAGUACAGCUAUCGCUAGGUAUGCAGCAAAAAAAGUUGGAUUAAUGGGAGCUAACGAUUGGGAAAAUUUGGAAAUUGAUGCUAUUGUGGAUACAAUAUCUGAUUUGAGAUUUAAAAUGUCUCGAUUUGUUUAUGAGAAAGAUGAAACAAUAAAAGAAUCUAUGAAGAAAACAUCUAUUGAGGAAACACUUCCUUAUUAUUUAGAAAAAUUGGAUAAAAUCGCCAAAGAAAAUAAUGGUUACAUGGUGGCUAAAAAGUUAACUUGGGCUGAUUUUGCAUUAAAAGUUAUUCUUGAAAAUAUUGAAGUUUUUGCUGGAAAAGCCCCCUAUGAAAAGUUUGACAAUUUAAUUGCUGUUAAAAAUAAUGUUGAAUCAAUUCCAAAUGUAAAGAAAUGGAUUGAAACUAGACCUGUUACCGAAUUUUAAAAUAUUGUUAUAACUUUCAACAAUAAAGUUUAGUUUUUCCAAAUAAUUCUUUAAAUUC